GGAUAAACGCUUUCCUUUUAAUAAUUUUACAUACACCGGGGUGACGCGAACGGUUACUUAAUAUUACGCUAAACCCGGUGACUAUAAUUAUCAUGUCGACGGCCGUUAGGACGGUUACGGACCAGAGGGUCACGAGCCUUUCGUAUACGACCGUGACGAAGACGGCGUCUUGCCGUUACCCUCCGUGCCAGAUGUCACCCCCAUGAUCUGUAUCGGCCUGUCCUGCCUGUCGCCCGGCGGCGCCGGAGUCGCGGGCUCGCCCGCCCCGGGCCUCGAGACACCGGAGCCGAACGUGGCGGCCGGGGUGACGAGCACGGUCACCGUCACCCAGACCAGGUACACGGUCACGCAGACCGUCGUGACCACCGUCCCAGCCCAGACCACUACUGAGAAUGUGAUCGUAACCGUCACCGCCACCAUCACGCCGGCGCCCACGACGGUGUGCGGCGGCGCGCGGCCCGACACCACCGUCACGCUCACGCGGCCCUACGGCAUCGUCACGGAGACGGACACCGUCUACUCGACCACGCGCACGAGGGCGACGGUCUGGAUCGGACUCACGACGUACGUCACGUCGUCGAACCAGGCCAGCGCCACGGCCUGCAGCCGCCGCGGCGGGUCGUACGGCGCUGAUGCGGCGGGUUUGCCGACGCCGGCGCCGACGCCGACGGCGAAGUAAGAGUGUUUCUCUCGGAGAACCAGCGGGGAGCGGGGCGGUGUGAGAGCGGGCACGGUAGGGUUAGGGGUUGGUACGAGAGGGGGGGUUGGGAUCCGCCGCCGUAGGUAGACAGGGCGUCGUCGAUAAAGAGUCGCAUAGCGGAU